AUGGCCAAAGCUCGUGGCUCUCGCGACCAAGCGGUGAACCUUCUCAAGGAGCACCUGACAUGCCGGUUGGGCUCCGACUGCAAGGCGCUCAUCGACGCUGAGGUAGAAGGACGCCUUCAGGGGCGCAGCAAGCUGGAGCGUGAGGACCUCGAUGCCAUCGAGCGUGCUGUGACGCUGGCCAGGAGACAGCGGCGUGGGAAAGAGGCCAAGGGCCUGAGCAGGCAUGCCCUUGUCACCAUCAGCGUGCUGCUGACCUCUUUAUGCGCCGUGGCGAGUGAUGCCUGCGCCCAGGCAAAGAACGAGACAUGUCCAUCGCGCACAGCAGGCACCUUCAUGCUGCAGGCUCGGCAUGCGCGUUCCAAGUUGCACUCGGCUGGGCUCAUGACGAUGUGGGCUGACAGCCCCACCACGAUUGUCGGAGGCUCCUGCGAGUAUGCGAAUGCGGCAAAUGGGGGACUCAGCUCACCGGCUGCAUCCAGCCCGUACAUCAGCUCCCAAAGCUACUGCGCGGUGGACAGCGCCCUCUACUCUUCGGGUGCCGCCUGCGGCUCCUGCUGGCGCGUGGCGUACGAUGGAAGCCCUGCCACCGAUCCGGGGCUGCCUGGUAGCCUGGUGGUCCAGGUUGUCGACUCCGGGAGCGCUAAGGCCUUCGACUGCCACCUAACAGCUUUCAAAGCAAUCACCGGGGCUUCCACCGGAGUUUUUCCCAUCACGUACGAGCCGGUGGAGUGUGAUGUGGAAGGCACAUUGCCGGUGGCGACGGUGCUCGACGGCGGCAACGCCUGGUACACCAAGGUGGUCUUCUCGAACUUUGUUGCUGCUGUCACAGAGGUGGAGCUAUUGUUGGGAACGAGUGUCUUCGCAAUGACGAGGGUGAGUGGCGCCACAUGGUCCGCCAGCACAGCCGGCAACUCGGAUGCUGCUUCCUUCUCUGUGACAUUGAGCACCGGAGUCAUCAUCUCCUUCCACUGCUUUGAUUCCUGGCCUGUUCCCACAGGAAGCUCUUGCACGGUCGCCUCGGGCCCUUCAACUUCCAAAACCACUGCGAGCACCACAAGCACCACCAGCACCACCAGCACCACUAGCACCACCAGCACCACCAGCACCACCAGCACCCCGUCGACGACCGCCUUGACAAGCACCUCCCCACCGCAAACAUCCCUGCCUCCCGUGAAGGAGUGGAGACCCGUGGAUGGCGGAGAGGGCCGCGCAUGCCGGGGAAGAUGGUCGGGAGACAACUCUGCCAGUUAUUACACCGUCACGCGCGCCCAAAGCCUGGAGGCUUGCAAGACGGCAUGUGAAAGCAGGGAGGACUGUGUGGGCGUGGAGUUCUCUGGAAGCCGAUGUGAGAUCUGGACCCGGAGUGAGGGCAUCCAGAGCAGCACGGCACUGCCCAACUUUUGGUGCCUCCGCUUCGCGUCGCCCCCGCGAGCGGGCUGCUUUGAGCCUGUGGAUGGCGGCCUCAGCCGCGCCUGCCGGGGCGCGUCUCCAGCUGACAACUCGGCCGCCUACUACCGGGUCCUGGGAGGCAUCCGGAGCCUGGGCCAGUGCCAGGAGGAGUGCCAGCAGGUGGCGGACUGCAAGGGCGUCGAGUACGACGGCCGCGGGCGAUGUGAGAUCUGGACCCGGCCCAUGGGCAUCCAGGCCGGCAUUGUGCUCAGCGGCUUCUCUUGCUGGCGAUUCGUGGGACAAAUGGAGUCCUGA